AUGCAUGCAAAGAAAAUCAUUCUACAAAACAGCACAACACCAGCAACAUUCAUCCUCCUGGGCCUUUCUGGUGACUCUAAUCUUCAAAGUGCAUUAUUCUCUGUUUUCCUUGUCAUAUAUAUCAUAAUUCUGACUGGAAACCUUCUCAUCAUUCUCCUUACAUUGUCUGACCCUUCCCUUCACACACCCAUGUAUUUCUUCCUAAGAAAUUUGUCCUUUUUGGAGAUCUGCUAUACAUCAGUAAUUAUCCCCAAAAUGCUUGAAAACCUCCUGUCUGGGAAAAAAACUAUCUCUUUCAUUGGUUGUGCUCUGCAGACCUAUUUUGCCUUCUUUCUUGGUGGAUCAGAAUGCUUUAUCUUGGCUUCAAUGGCCUAUGAUCGUUAUGUUGCCAUUUGUAAGCCAUUGCACUACUCUGUCCUAAUGAGCCCAAAAGUCUACAUGUUUCUAGCUGUAUCAUCUUGGUCAAGUGGAUUUUUAAUGUCCUUCAGUCACACCAAUAUGGUGUUUACCCUGCCUUUUUGUGCUUCCAAUGUGAUCAAUCAUUUCUGUUGUGAUAUCCCUCCACUAUUGAAACUGGCUUGUGGAGAUACUUCUCGGACUGAAAUUGCUGUGUUUGCAGUGGCUAUAAUAUUUGUGACUGUUCCUUUUAUCCUGAUCUUGAUGUCCUAUGUUGGCAUCAUCAGCACCAUUUUUAAAAUUUCAUCUGCUGAGAGCCGGAAGAAGACCUUCUCCACUUGCUCUUCUCACCUCAUUGUGGUGACUCUGUUUUUUGGUUCUGCAUGUAUUAUAUACUUAAAGCCCAAUUCCACUUAUUCUCCAAACACUGAUAAAUUUCUUUCACUUUUCUACACUGUUGUGGGUCCUAUUCUAAACCCUGCCAUUUACAGUUUGAGGAAUAAGGAAGUUAAAAAUGCAUUUAUGAAAAUCUGGAAAAGAAUUAGAUUAUAA